UUGUAUUUUAAAGGGUUGCCGAGUUUCUGUCAUACAAAACUUGUAAACUGUCAAGCAAAUCAAAAAAUUAUUGAAUUCUGCAAAAGAUAAUGUCUGCUCUAUUUAAUCUACCCGGUAUGAUGUCCGUCAUUCUUUUACUCAUCUGCACGUGCACUUAUGUGCGUUCCAUAGCUCCCAAUAUCUUGGAUCAACAUCGUGUGGGAUGGAAGGGUACUUUUUGGAAGUUGGCCAGAAUUGGUGAACGACUAAGUCCGUAUGUGGCUAGCGCCUGUUUGCUGCGAGCCUUUGCCCUGCUUAUGGGCUAUUGAUCUGCCGAGGAGUAUGAGGAAGGCAGAUGGAAAAGGUUGGCCCUGACCACUGUUGGCUUUUUGCAGCUGUAAUCAAUAUGCAAACAAACCAUUUGCCACAAUAAUUACAAAGUAAUGCAGCGUCCGACGCGAAAUGUAAAAAUAAACGCCAGCUGCCCAUGA